AUGUUUAUUCCCACUUCAAGUAUUUGUUUUAUUUCAGUAUCGCUACGUUCUAGUUCGAGUAACAUUCAUCCGAAUGCAACAUGGAUACAGAAUGGUCUCACUGUAGCUGGAGGGAAUGGACCAGGCAGUGGAAUAAAUCAACUUUAUAAUCCAGUGAGUUUAUAUGUCGAUGAUGAUCAAACUGUUUAUGUCGCUGAAUGGUCAAAUCACCGUAUUGUGGAAUGGAAAUGUGGUGCGACGAAUGGUCGAGUGGUUGCCGGUGGAAAUGGAAGUGGAAAUGGAGCUCAUCAGUUAAGCAACCCACGAGAUGUGAUUGUCGAUAAGGAGAGAGAUAGUCUCAUCAUCAGUGACCAAUCGAAUAAAAGAGUAGUUCGAUGGCCUCGUCAAAAUGGUAUUAGUGGAGAACCAGUCAUCUCGAACAUCUCUUGCGGCGGUUUGGCAAUAGACGAGAAUGGAUUUCUCUAUGUUACUGACAUUGGAAAACAUGAAGUCAGACGAUAUAAAGUUGGUGAUACUGAAGGAACAGUAGUUGCGGGUGGAAAUGGAUGCGGAAACCGUCCAGAUCAACUAUCUAGCCCCUACUAUGUAUUUGUCGAUCGAGAUCAUUCAGUGUACGUGUGUGAUUAUGGAAAUCAUCGUGUUAUGAAAUGGGAAGAAGGUGCAAAGCAAGGCAUUGUCGUAGCCGGUGGUCAAGGACAAGGAGACAGUCUUAAACAGUUGUCACGUCCUUUUGGAGUCGUAGUCGAUCAAUUAGGCACUGUAUAUGUGACUGAUCACGCGAACCAUCGAAUCAUUCGUUCACCAAAAGGAGCCGUACAAGGAAGUAUCAUUGUUGGUGGAAACGGUCAAGGACAACAGUCGAACCAGCUCGAUUAUCCUAUGCAUUUAUCAUUCGAUCGACAUGGCAAUCUUUAUGUCGCCGAAUGGGGAAAUAAUCGAGUACAAAAAUUUAAUAUCAAUUCAAAUGCAUAG